AUUAUUAAUCUUGUCUGCAUGAUAUGCAAAUUAGACUUCACUAUGUCCAGUGACACAGCUUUGGGUUAGAAGCUGUGUCAAGUUGCUGGCAAAGAAUAUCUGUCAAGGGAUCAGGGCCUUCCAACGGAAUGGCGUGGAAUGCAACUUGCCUGAAUUGGCUGGCAGCGGAGGCUGCCCUGGAAAAGUACUAUCUUUCCAUUUUUUAUGGGAUCGAGUUUGUUGUGGGAGUCUUUGGGAAUACUGCUGUUGUUUUUGGCUACCUCUUCUGUCUGAAGAACUGGAAUAGCAGUAACAUUUAUCUCUUCAACCUCUCUAUCUCAGACUUGGCUUUUUUGUGCACCCUUCCCAUGCUGAUUAGAAGUUAUUCCCAUGGAAAGUGGAUAUACGGGGAUGUGCUCUGUAUAAGCAAUCGAUAUGUGCUUCAUGCCAAUCUCUACACCAGCAUUCUCUUUCUCACUUUUAUCAGCAUCGAUAGAUACCUGCUCAUGAAGUAUCCUUUCCGGGAACACUUUCUGCAAAGGAAGGAAUUUGCUAUUUUAAUCUCUUUGGCUAUUUGGGUUUUAGUUACCCUAGAGCUACUGCCCAUACUUCCUCUUAUAAAUCCUAAUCUAGCUGCCAAUGGCACCAACUGUAUUGAUUAUGCAAAUUCUGGGGACCCCCACAACAGCCUCAUUUAUAGCAUGUGUCUAACCUUCUUGGGAUUCCUCAUUCCUCUUUUGGUGAUGUGCUUCUUUUACUUCAAGAUUGCUCUUUUCCUGAAGCAGAGGAGCAGGCAACUUGCUACUGCUUUGCCCCUUGAAAAGCCUCUCACCUUAGUCAUCAUGGCAGUUGUGAUCUUCUCCGUGCUUUUCACUCCCUACCACAUUAUGCGGAAUGUGAGGAUCGCUUCACGCCUGGAGGAGUGGAAGGAGUACCAAUGCACCCAGGUCGUCAUCAACUCCUUUUACAUCGUGACCCGGCCGUUGGCCUUUCUGAACAGUACCAUCAACCCUGUCUUCUAUUUCCUUCUGGGGGAUCACUUCAGGGAGAUGUUGAUGAGUAAACUGAGGUACCAAUGGAAAUUCCUUACAUCCUUUAGAAGAUGAGGUCUUGGAUGGAUGUUCCCACUCAUCAAAAGUGAGAUGCUUCUGUAACGGAUUGUUUUAUAUAUGCAGCAGUCGGCCAGUUACAUUUGGAUUCAACACACAGAUGUAAAUCAGAGAGGGACAGACCUGACACCUGUUUGAAAGACACACUGCGUCUGGAUUAUGUGAAAGGAAGAAAAUGGGGAGUAUGUAUUGGUUUCCUCACCUAAGAACUGAAAGGAGUUAGGCCAGCAUUGUCUAACGUUUUGAACAUGGAAGUCCAAAACCCUACGUGUUAUGAGACUGUCUCAUCAGUAUAGAAGAAAUAGCAGAUAGAUGCAGCACCAAGUAGUUUAACCAUUGGUCAGAUCGUAAAAAAAGAAAAAAAAUAUCUGUGUUGGCAACAUUGUCUAGGUUAUUCUUAUUUCUUUGAUGUUAUUAAUGUGAAAACUGAGUAACAGAUUAGGCAUAUAUGAUUAAAGUUUGGGGUGAGAAAUUGUGCUCUUCAACAAAAUUUAAAGUAAACAGUAGCAGGAUCCCUGGGUGGCGCAGUGGUUUGGCGCCUGCCUUUGGCCCAGGGCGUGAUCCUGGAGACCCAGGAUUGAAUCCCACAUCAGGCUCCUGGUGCAUGGAGCCUGCUUCUCCCUCUGCCUCUCUCUCUCUCUCUCUUUCUCUCUCUCUCUCUGUGACUAUCAUAAAUAAAUAAAAAAUUAAAAAAAAUAAACAGUAGCAGUAAGCAAGAAACCAAUGCCUUGAGUUCAAGGAUGCCUAUAUGACAUUUCUUUAGGUUGGUCAUGAAUUGGGGUCAAGUUGUAAUCAUAAGUCCUAUUUUGUUAUAUGGCUUUUAGUGCAAAGAAUCAUACUAAAUGGAACCCAAAGAGAUGGUUCAACAAAGAGAGAGACAGGUUCGAGCUUAUCUCUCAAGGAAUUUAGGUUUAAAUGAUUGUACCAGAAUCCUAGAUGAGAGGUAUCAAGGAGAGCUGCAAAAAUCUCAGAGUUCUAGAACAGAAAGCGCCUUUCAGAAAACCCAAAGCAAGUUAAAAUAAAAGAAAACAAAGGUAAAUGCUUUUGGACAACUUUAUCUCAAUGACAGUGACUUACAUCUGGAAUGAGCCUUGUUUUCACAGAACAUCACAGAAGGCCUUGAAGUAAGUGUACUAAACACAAUGCACUUCAUGAAAUUGUAGAAAAUAGGGAAUAUUUAUGUGCAUAUCAAUAUGGAUUAUCCAGAUACUACUCCAUGUCACAAAAUAAAUACAGGAAAAAAAUAAAUGGAUGCUCCAUUAGCUUUUUAAAGUCAAAUUAAGUAUCACACAGUAAUUCACUUAUACGCGACAAUAUGCAUCCAAGGCCACAUAUCUACACUCUUUUUCUUAAAGUUAUUAGCUGUAACAUAAAGGAUACAAUAAGCAUUAUGAGUGCAAAGAAAUAAAAUUCUCUUGCCCAUCCUGUUCUGAGAUGCUCUGGUGCUGUUAUUAUUCUGACAUUACAAAAACCCAAAAUACUCCCAGUUAAUGCUUCCAAUACGUGAAGCUACUGAGGUAUUAUAAAAACAUAUUACUCCCAUAGGAUGUAUUUUCAUACUUAUCAUUAGGCUUUAAGAUAUUUUUUCAUGCCUUGCCUUUAUCGUCAAUAUUUUAAAAAUUUUAAUGUGAUUUCAUAACUGCCUCAUAAUAAACUGAAAACACAAUCUCCUGAAUUUCCUCAUCAAAAAAGGCUACGAAAGGGCCUUAGGAAAGAAGCAUUCGCUUAUUUCUGCAAACAUAGAAACAUGAUUUAUUUGUAAUUUGUGUUUUAUGCAUGGGCUUUAAUUUGUAAAUAUGGCAUUCAAUUUUCCCCACCCCUACCCAAAGAAGUAGUGGACUCCUUUAAAUAGUACAGCGAAAUAUUUUAUGAGACCAUAAACUCUCAGAUACAUCUUGUAACCAAAAUGUUAAGUAAUUUCAUAGCACAUUUCUUAAUCCUCUUCUUGCUCAAAUCUAUCAUCCUGUAACCUAAUCCUCAAUAGACUAAAGACAUCUGCCCUAAAAUUAUUAGAGCUAUUCCAUUUACCUUUUGUACUAGGUGAUUGUGAGAAGCAUAA